GACUCGAUCAUCACGAAACAAGAAUUCGCCAUGACAACGCAGAUCGCCGUUGAUUUUUUGGAACGUGCAUAGUGAAGAAAUGAUCCUUAGCAAAGUGAGUGUCGACGUCGAGUCUUUGUCACGCUGCAGUUCUGCAUCUCCUAUCGGGGACACCCUCGCGUACUACCAGCAGUCGCAAGCUGACGCGCAGUCCAGCGUUAGCGCCUCUCCAAUGGAGACCACACAGGGACCGGUCGACGAUCUGGAGGCAACUGUCACUCCGUUUGUGCCUACGGUGACAGCAAUCUCAACAACCCCGGAUUUGCAGUGGAUGGUACAGCCGACCAUCAUCACGUCUGUCUCGCCGUCUCUAGGCAGAGCUGAAACCAGUGAGGCGCAGAGCGCUCUCCCGGCAACGACCAAAACAAACGUGGGCAAGGGGAAAAGCACUAUCAGAAAGGGAAAAGUCGAGCAGCUCACGCCAGAAGAGGAAGAAAAAAAGAGAAUAAGGAGGGAGAGAAAUAAGAUGGCUGCAGCAAAGUGCCGCAACAGAAGGAGAGAGCUUACUGACACCUUGCAGGCUGAAACAGACAAGCUGGAGGAAGACAAAGCAGCAUUGCAGGCUGAAAUAGCAAAUUUGCUGAAAGAAAAAGAAAGACUUGAAUAUGUCCUCGCAUCACAUAAGCCCAUAUGCCAGCUGCCUGAAGAGCUGGACAGCAUUUUCCCAGAGUCCCCACAGCCGCUUCCUCCUUCGGAUUCGUCCAGCAAACUCCACGAAGAUGGAACACAGGACACCCCUACCCUGCAAGACUUAGAGACUCCUUCUGUUCCACCUACAGCUAUCUCAGGGAACUCCAACAUCCUGCUGUGCUCUAGUGCAGAGGUCAGCCUGUGUGACCUCGAGCCAUCGCUGGAUGUCAAAGAAGAGCUCCUGGAAAAUAUCCUUGGUACAGUAGAUGAGGACAGGAUCUCUGUUGAAACAGCCCGCUCUGUCCCUGACAUUGACCUCACUGGCUCCCUGGGCUUCACAGACUGGGAGACCCUGUACAAAUCUGUGGCCAAUGAUCUGGAGCCCCUAAGCACUCCUGUUGUGAGCACCUCCACCCCUACGUGCAGCAACUACCUGUCUGUGUUCACUUUUGCCUGCCCAGAGCUGGACUCUCUUGCUGAGGAACUGGAUGGCUGCAAAGGCGGGGUCUCCAAAUCUGACUCCAGUGUAGAUAUUCUUAACUCGCCCACACUCCUGGCUUUAUAAACAAAAAUGUAAUGGAAUGGAAGUUCUUGUCAUCACGAUAACAGUCUCAACUAUCGGAUAUCACUGUGUUCUGAUAUCUGAGAUGAGUGAAGCCAGUUGAGUGGCUGCAUCCGUGAAAUGUGAUGUGCCCAAGAUAAUGUUUAUCCUCUUCCAGAUACUUUUGAUGUAGCUCAGAGCAUGGAAAAAUUAUCCUAUGGACAGUUAUGAACUACAGUAUGUUCUGGUUUGAAAAGCAUGCACAAAGAUUUCAAAUAUUUAAAUUAAUACAUAAAUAAACAAACAUAGACAAUAUGUAUGUACAAGUUUUAUAUUUGUUUGAUCUUGUGCAGGGUCUUCUGUAAGCUGUAUUGUGCACUGUUCUCUGUGCAGUUUUGUGUUUUUUGAUGGCAAUAGUUUAUCAAUGUUGUGCUUUAGUAGACAUUCUUGACAGCUCUUGCAUACCUCAGUGUCAUCCUUCAGACUGUGUUUUGACGCCAUUAAAAAUGUUUAGAGUUUUCCAUGAAAACAUCCAGUGCUAUAUCGAUCAAGAUGUAUUUUAUGAUAAUUUAUUUUUCUACCUUUUCAAUUUUGACUUGUUUGUCAAAUGAAAAUACUUAAAUGAGCAUUGAUUGCUUAUGAAUUAGUAUUCACA